CUGGGUGCGCAGAUGUCGCCCCGCCCUGCUGGUCAACACGGAACUGCUCCAUCUCUAUAGACAGACAGGGAGACAGAGAGACAGGGGAGAGACGGGCUACACUGAACCGCAGAAGACAUUACCAUUUUGACUGACUGGCGGGUUUUUUUGAUCGUCGUUAAUGAUGUUCCGCUUGCGGGCAUUGUCCGCAGUUACGGUGGGGCUGGCGCAGUUGUCCCGGCGCUAUCACAGCGGGGCAGUGCGAGGGUCUGGGCGGAGGCGGCUGAUGCUGGCAGCUCUGGUUGGAGUGACUGGCGCGUCUGCUAGCGCUGGACUGCUCUGGAAGAGAGCAUAUGCAGAUGCGGGACCUUCUGUUCGACACUCUGAGCAACCAGCUGGAGGUGAGGCAGAUUUUGCGAACGGCACAGACCCGGAUGCAAACUCUGAGAAAUCAGUGGAAUCCUGCAGUGGAGAUGAGGAUUCAAAGGACGACGGUGGGGACGGGAAAAAGAAGAAGCCACGCUCCGGAUUCCGUGACCGCAAGGUGAUGGAGUACGAGAACAGGAUAAGGGCCUACUCCACUCCAGACAAGAUAUUCCGCUACUUCGCGACGCUGAAGGUCAUCGGCGAGCAUGGAGACGCCGAGGUUUACAUGACGCCCCAGGACUUCAUACGCUCCAUCACACCGAAUGAGAAGCAGCCUGAGAAUCUAGGCCUGGAUCAGUUCAUUGUGAAGCGCUACGAUGGAAAGGACUUCUGGCAGACGGAGAAGAUUGCCCAGGAAAGGGAGAGGUUUGCAGAUGAGGACAGCAUAUUUUACACACUGGGAGAAUGUGGCCUUAUCUCCUUCUCUGACUACAUCUUCCUCACCACUGUGCUGUCCACUCCCCAGAGGAACUUCGAGAUUGCUUUCAAGAUGUUUGAUUUGAACGGGGACGGGGAGGUGGACCUGGAGGAGUUCGAACAGGUCCAAAGCAUCAUUCGUUCCCAGACCAGUAUGGGCAUGCGACACCGUGACCGCUCCACCACAGGAAACACCCUGAAGACCGCCGGCUGCAGCUCCGCUCUCACCACCUACUUCUUUGGAGAAGACCUAAAGGGGAAACUCACCAUUGGCAGCUUCCUGGAGUUUCAGAGGAAACUUCAGCACGACGUGCUCAAACUAGAGUUCGAGAGGAACGAUCCUGUGGACGGCAGAAUCACCGAGAGACAGUUCGGGGGUAUGCUGCUGGCCUACAGCGGCGUCCAGUCCCGUAAACUCACUCAGAUGCAGAGGGGCUUGAAGAAAAUGUUUAAGGAUGCACAGGGCAUUACAUUCGAGGAGGUGGAGAACUUCUUUACUUUCCUGAAGAACGUGAAUGACGUGGACACAGCGCUGAGUUUCUACCACAUGGCUGGAGCCUCGAUAGAUAAAGUCACCAUGAAGCAGGUGGCCCGCACCGUAGCCAAAGUGGAGCUGUCGGAUCACGUGUGCGACGUGGUGUUCGCUCUGUUCGACUGUGACGGGAACGGGGAGCUCAGUAAUAAGGAGUUUAUAGCCAUCAUGAAGCAGCGGCUGAUGCGUGGGCUGGAGAAACCCAAGGACAUGGGCUUCACUCGGCUGGUGCGGGCCAUGUGGAAGUGCGCCCAGGACACCGCCUGGGACUUCGCCACACCAAAGACACAAUAGAGCGAAAGACGACACGCGCGAUCAAAAGGCGUCCUCCUCCGACAGGUUUUUAACUAGACAAUUAAUGCAUUAAACUCAUUAACACUGCAACUCCGAGGCGCACCAUCAAUCAUUAACGCAUGUUGCUGCAGCUCAAGCUGUCGAUAUAGUGGCUGAAGCAUCCUGACGCAGUGCAGUCUUCAAAGGUUCUCGAGCCAGUCUUUGUAAGGCAUCAUGGGUAAUUAAUUAUAUAUAUUUUGAAAUAUGCAUAUAAAGUUUGUGUACAAUGUUUAUUUUUUUUCCCAUAUUCGAUAAGGAAAGAACGCACCGUCAGCCCUUUAACUGUGUUCGGCCAACGCUAAAAACAGCACUUUGAUAUUUUUUAUUUAACACUUCACAGCAAAAGGCGAGACAAGAGGAGGAAUCAAUCUUAUGCGACCUUCAGCUGCAUAAGUGCUGCCUGCGUCUGUUCUGUACUGACAGCAGACCCUUAGUUAGUUAGUUUAAGUUGGACGGAGGAGAAGUCUGGAAUAUUGUUCACAGUUCAGCUUCAUUCAGGCUGCGUCUUUAUCCUCAACAUUUUGCCUCAUAAAAGGUGGAUGAUGCUCGCCCCGCUCUACGCUGUACUGUUCAAAGUGUGUAUUCUUCCAGUUAUUUCUGCUCACUGAAACACUUUACAUAAAAUGGAUGUUAAAAGAAGUGCUCUAUUAAAGAUGUUUUAAUAAUGUAAAA